AAAAGGGGCAGCACCAGCUCAUCCUGUCGUUCUCAUUGGAAGGGAAAGUGGCCACACCUACAUCAGGGUGGAAAGAUGAGCAUCAGCCCAAGCCUUCAUAGGCUGAAGCGUAGCAUGUCCACCUCAGUGCGAGCCUGACAAACGGACAGCUUUAGACAGCUAAAGGUGGAAGAUGACCGGUUACUGUGAAGCCGCUCAGCUGGACUCAUUCUCUGCGACACCCAGGAGCCGUGGCAGCGAUGGACCGGACGACCAGAUCCGGCCGGACAAGCAGGAUUCCAUUUGGGAUCCCAGCAGGAAGCCGCUGGUGCCCGGACUCCUGGGAAUGAACGUGUUCCUGCUGGGAGCAGCUCUGGUGACGGGACAGGCCUUCAACCCCGACGGCCUGAAGAAAGCCCAGCCCCAGGUGUUCAUAGUGGUGCUGAUGCUGGUCGGCCUGAUCUGGAUGCUCUGGUACCUGCUGUGGGCCAGGAAGCAGCCUAACAUCAGUCCACAUAAAGACCACCACGCCGGGGGGGUCACCGUCACCGUGGGGCUCCUGCUGUUCGCUGCAGUCAGUCUGCUGGUGUUCAUCUUCAGGGCCGGCUAUCUGAUCCACGUCAGCAACUGCACACCUGCUGCUGAGGUGCUGUCUCCGUUCAUAGAGGCUCCGUUUGUAGGACUGCAGACAUAUUUACUGUGGGCUCAUUCCAAAGACUGCAUUCACAAACACCAGCUGAUCACCAGCUCUGGCCUGAUGCUGAUCCUCUCAGCCGACCUGCUGCUGUGGCUCAAGGCCGUGACAGAGGACACGAUCCACAAGGAGAUUGAGCUGGAGAAGGAAGGAAACGCAGCCAUAAACAAGGUCACACAGGCCCAUGUGUCUCACUAUGAAGGCAACUUAACCUUGUGUUCAUGCCCCGCCAGUCCAAGCUGCCUGGUCUUUAGGAAGGGCUUUGAGGUCCUCUACCCCUUCAACAUCGAGUACUACCUGAUGGCAGCCUGCAUGGUCUAUGUGAUGUGGAAGAACGUGGCCCGCAGGGUGACUGCAGGCCACCACCACCACCACGCUUCUCAUAAGGUCACCCUGCGCAUGAUCUACGACGGUGGAGCGGUUGGCCUGGUCUUUGGCACCGUGGUCCUCGCUGCAGGAGUGACCAUCUUCGUCCUCUAUCAGAUCUGGGUCAACCGUCAGGAGCUCCGUCUCACCUCCUUCCUCAUGUUCUACGGCUACCACAUAGCCGUCAUGCCCCUCAUGUGUCUGUGCUGCUCGGCCGGCAUCCUGGUCCACAUGCUGGAGAGGAGGGCGCAUCAGGACGGACACAAUCCCUCCAGGAAGCUGGACGUGGUCCUUCUGGUGGCGGCGGCCAUCGGCCAGCUCGCUCUCUCCUACUUCUCUCUGGUGGCGGCAGCAGCUGGGGAAGCCAAUGAGCUGCUGGAGAACCUGGACCUCUCCUACUCCCUCCUCACGCUGCUGCAGAUCAUCCUCCAGAACAUCUUCAUCAUCGAAGGCCUCCACAGGCAUCCAGAGCUGUCGGCCAAGAAGAACAGCACGUUAGGAAAGAUAUUAAAGCUUAAAAACAAAGCAGCACAGGAGAAGAGGACGGAUACGGAGCUGCUGGACGGCAGCGCAUUGGCCUCGCCUGCUGUUCAACAGGAGGAGAAGAAGUCACCGACCAAGAGAGCCAUUCAGGAGAUCUGUGCCUUCCUCAUCCUCUGCAACAUCAUGCUGUGGAUCAUUCCUGCCUUUGGGGUCCACCCUCAGUUUGAGAACGGCGUGGGCAAGCAGUUCUUUGGCUUCACCGCCUGGUUCGUGAUGGUGAACCUGGGCCAGCCGCUCAGCGUCUUCUACCGGAUGCACUCGGUGGUGGCGCUGAUGGAGCUGUUCAUCACUGCCUGAGCGUCAGAACAAGUCAGGCCACAAGUAGUUGACAUGUUUCAGAGCGCUGUGGUUAAGUGGCUGCUAUCAGGACAAAGUACUCAAGAUGCAGAAGCGUUCACAAACAACUCAAUGACUUUUGAUUCUGACAUUAUCACAAACAGUGGGUCAGAGAUGGUUCAACAGCCUUUUACUGGUUUAGCUGCUCAAGGUCGAGAUGAGUGAUCUGGUCCAGUGGUUCUAAACGUUCACCAGUAGAGAUGUUCGUGCUGGUUCUGCCAGGGUUCUCCAGUCUGGGUUCUCCGUCUGGUGUGGAUGAGCCGUCGCGAGCUCCGCCUCACACAUGGCUGGAUGCUGAUCCAGCAGCUGGAGAGGACGACACAGGAAGGGCCACGCAGACAACGUGUAUCCUGGACUUGAUCCUUUUUGCGACGGUUAUAUAAGAUUCAUUUACUUAAGCUGCACAGAUGUCUGAAGAUUAAACAGAUACACUGUGUCUGAAAUAGUCCUGA